AUGUUAUUAUCGCGGAUAAAAUUAGCAGCUAAACGGGCCGUUAUACGACCGUUUUACAAACGUAUUUUUACCGACACCGUACUUGACAAACUAUAUAGCACCACAGUGGUGGCACUAAUUGGUGGAGCAUUAUGCAUAGCAUCGGUAGCUUUGGUUAAUGUUGUAAUGUAUUACAAAGUGGUGAAACCGAUACGUGAAGCAGAUCGUGAACAAUUAGAGAAAGAUUUAAUCAAAGCUGAUGAAGAGGGUUUCUCGUUCAAACUUUAA